AUGCUGCGGCCGGGGAACAUCUCCUCCGGCUGGGCUGACCUCCUGGAGUCCAACCGGUCCACCAUGGAGGGCGACGGCUCCGGGGUGGAGGCGGUGGUGGUGCCGGUGGUGUUCGGGCUGAUCUUCGUGGUGGGGGUGGUGGGGAACUCUCUGGUGAUGGUGGUGAUCGGGAGGGUGAAGGUCGGGGUGGGACGGGGUCGGAGGUCCUGCAGCCCGACCAACACCUUCAUCCUGAACCUGUGCGCCGCAGACCUCAGCUUCCUCCUGCUGUGCGUCCCGGUCCACGCCACCAUCUACUCGCUGCCGCAGUGGGUGUUCGGCGCUGUCCUCUGCAGGUUCGGACACUACUUCUCCACCGUCAGCAUGCUGGUGAGCAUCUUCACGCUGGUGGCCAUGUCAGUGGACCGCUACGUGGCCGUGGUGCUGUCCGGCAGGUCUCCGUGCGUCCGGAGCCGCCGCAGCGCGCUGGCCGGGCUGUGCGUCAUCUGGAGCCUGUCCCUGCUGUGCUCGGUGCCGGUGGCCCAGCACCAGGUCCUGACCAGCCACCACUCAGCCCCCAACAGCACCUUCUGCUGGGAGCGCUGGUCCGGAGCCUCCAGACGAGCCUACAGGGUGUCCGUGCUGCUGAUCGGAUACCUGCUGCCACUGCUGCUCAUCAGCUGCUGCUACCUGAGGGUUUUGUUUCAUCUUCAUAAAAAGUUGAACAUGUCCAGGAAGUCUGAGCGCUCCAAAAGAAAGACGGCUCAGACUGUCUUCCUGCUCGUCACCGCCUUCACCAUCUGCUGGAUGCCCCAUCACAUCAUCGCCAUGUGGGUGGAGUUUGGCACCUUCCCCCUGAAUGAGGCCACCUUUGCCUUUCGUAUCGUUUCCCACUGCCUUUCUUAUGGAAACUCCUGCGUCAACCCUGUCCUCUACGCUUUACUGUCUGAGAACUUCCGCAAUUCCUGCCGCCAGGUGUUCACCUGCUGCUUCCUGUACCAGCCGCCGCCCAAGGGCAAGGUGGUUCGUUUACGCAUGGAGAACUUCUCCACCACGCACUCAACCACCAACAUAUGACGGACUGAGGGACGUGAUCAGAUACACAACGAGACCACGGUGAUUUCCUGCAGUUGAAACAAGAGGGAGGACUUUGUUUGAACAGCGAUCAGUCGCUGAUGGAGGAGUUUUGUUUCUGCAGGAUGUGGGUCACAUGACAAAAGGACAGCAUGUGAUUGGCUGCUGACUCUAUCUAUGGACAGCCUGAACUGUAGAACACUAAGUGAUAAGUGAAGAACAUUAAACAACACUAACAAUAAGUGAAGAGUCUGGAUUUUAGAAAUAAACAUCAGCCAUGUUUUCAGUUCUGUGACAGAACAUUUGACCCCCAAA